CCAGGGGCGCGAUGUACAACCAGGCGGGCGGCUUUCCUCGCAGCUCGCGGAGGCGAACCGGGCGGCGGUGCCAUGGCAGAACAGGAUGUGGAAAAUGAGCUUUUGGAUUAUGAUGAAGAUGAAGAGCCCCAAACACCGCAGGAGAGCACUCUAGCUCCCCAGAAGAAAGAUGUCAAAGGAUCUUAUGUCUCCAUUCACAAUUCUGGUUUCCGGGACUUUCUGCUGAAGCCGGAGCUCCUGAGAGCCAUAGUUGACUGUGGCUUUGAGCAUCCUUCAGAGGUCCAGCAUGAGUGUAUUCCCCAGGCCAUUUUGGGUAUGGAUGUCCUAUGCCAGGCCAUGUCUGGGAUGGGCAAGACAGCUGUGUUUGUGCUGGCCACCUUGCGGCAGAUCAAGCCCAUCAAUGGCCAGGUAUCAGUACUGGUCAUGUGCCACACAAGGGAGCUGGCCUUCCAGAUCAGCAAGGAGUAUGAGCGUUUCUCUAAGUACAUGCCCAGUGUCAAGGUAUCUGUGUUCUUUGGGGGCCUCUCCAUUAAGAAGGAUGAAGAUGUGUUGAAGAAGAACUGUUCCCAUGUUGUGGUGGGGACACCAGGCUGGAUCCUGGCACUCGUACGGAGCAGGAGCCUCAACCUGAGGAAUGUGAAGCACUUUGUGCUAGAUGAAUGUGACAAGAUGCUGGAACAGCUGGACAUGCGCCGGGACGUGCAAGAAAUCUUUCGCUUGACACCGCAUGAGAAGCAGUGCAUGAUGUUCAGUGCCACUCUGAGCAAGGAGAUCCGGCCCGUCUGCAAGAAGUGCAUGCAGGAUCCCAUGGAGGUGUUUGUGGACGACGAGACGAAGCUCACACUACACGGGCUACAGCAGUACUACAUCAAGCUCAAGGACAGUGAGAAGAACCGGAAGCUCUUCGACCUCCUUGAUGUCCUUGAGUUUAACCAGGUGGUGAUCUUUGUCAAGUCUGUGCAGCGUUGCAUGGCUCUGGCCCAGCUCCUAGUGGAACAGAACUUCCCAGCCAUUGCUAUUCACCGAGGCAUGCCCCAGGAGGAGCGCCUGUCCCGCUACCAGCAGUUCAAGGACUUCCAGCGGCACAUCCUGGUGGCUACCAACCUGUUUGGCAGAGGGAUGGACAUUGAGCGAGUCAACAUCGUCUUCAACUAUGACAUGCCAGAGGACUCAGAUACCUACCUUCACCGAGUGGCCCGUGCUGGUCGCUUUGGUACCAAAGGCCUGGCGGUCACUUUUGUAUCUGAUGAGAAUGAUGCUAAAAUUCUCAAUGAUGUUCAGGACCGCUUUGAAGUGAAUGUGGCAGAGCUUCCAGAAGAAAUAGACAUCUCCACAUACAUUGAACAGAGCCGAUAACCAUUAUGUGUGUGUAGCCAACCCACUUGCUGCUUCAGAUCCUCUUCCUACGUGACAAAUGGGUAUAUCUUUUUAUUGUUUCAAAGCUGUAGCUGUGUAAGAAUAAACUUUUAUUGUGGAAA